AUGACAAGCCUUGUUGCUCGGACCCUAGCACAAUCAUCACGCAAGCCUAUGCGCUACGUGUUGCAAGAGGAAUUGUUGAGUAUUGUUAAAUCGGAAAUCUCUUCUGGACAAUUACUAGACUCCUCCCAACCAUUACAACAUUUAGCCAUCAACAAGAGAAGCAGUGAAGCUAUUUAUUAUUCGGCACAAGAAGGAGGACAAUUUUAUAAAAUUGUAUUUUCUGGUCUUGAUGAGAAUGGUCAUUACAAAAAGACCAUCCAACCCGAUAUGAAAUAUCCAUCAAUUAAUCAAAUUCAUUUGAACAAAGCAGGAAAUAGACUUUUAUUAAUCGGAGAGCACGACAUCAAUGUUAUGAGUGUUCCUGGAUUUACAUCAAGUGAAGCAGAUGUUAUUUCUUCCACUACGAUAUUUUCCUUCUCUUUAUUAUCUUCUGUUUUAGAAAAUUCGAACACAAUUUUGAAGGCGUGCUGGCAUCCACACAGUGAUGAUCAUAUUGUAGUUUUGGAUUCUAUGAAUAUGCUAAGAAUUAUUCAAGCGACCUCUGGGAAAAUUGACGAGAUUCUUUUACUCGAGGACCGUUCAGAAAAAGUCCUUUCGUUUACAUUUGGAUCAAGAAGAUCCUGGGAGAGAUUUUCUAUAUUUUACGUAUCUACCUUCAAAGAAUCAUACAGGUUAUGGGUACUUUGCCCGAUUGUUCCUGAAGGGUGUAUUGUUUCUCAAGAAUUCUUGGAUGAUAUUAUCGACGAGUGUGAAAGCGAGUCAGAGACCACAAUGGUCAUGAACUAUCUCCCAGGAAUUAUUAACUAUGCUAUUGAAUCUGCAGGCCAUGAACAAGAAAUUGUACUCAAGCCCAAUGCUAAGGAUAGAGCAUUCUUUACUGGAAAAAGCAUCUCUAUAGAUUGUGAAACUGAUUUUAGCUCAUAUAUUGCAGAUAUGACUAGCUUAAACGUUUACAAAUCAUUUCCAACUUGCUUUGCUUGCGUAGAAAAUACUGGAACCAUUAGACUUUUUGUUGUGUCUGAUAAUAUCAAACCAAAAUGGAAUUUACAGUCAAAGUUUGCGUCUCCAUCAUCUCCACUUAAAUCUAAGUUAUAUUCUCCAAUUUCACACACUAUUAGUGUUAUUCCUCUUGAUAGAAUUGUACUUCCUAGAGUUUCGAGGCCAUGGCUUGUACCUCAUCCAACAUCAUCACAAAUAUUUUAUUGUGUGCAUGAUGGUGGAUGUCAUGAAGUUAUUUUCCCUUUUAUUUCGCAUAUUGAGAAGACCUUUUCUGGUUUAGAGCAAGAGCAAUCAGAGAACGACAAGACCACUGUGUUACCUUUAUUUAAAUCUCAAAAACUGGAAUAUCCAAAAGGUUUUGCUAUCUUGGAAGACUUGAUUAAUGGAACAUCGAUCUUUUACAUUGAGAGUAGAUCGAAAAAUGUAUUACUCUCUUCUGGUAGUGUUUUUAACUUUACAACAGAUGAAACAGAUAGUACACAACAGAAGGACAGCAAGAAAUAUGCCAUAGAUACAUUCCAAAAAUCGCUUGAAGAAGUAACGAACGAGCUCUACAAUAGAAAUAUGGACGUAAAAAGUAAGGAAGCUACCUUACUUUUAGUCCACAAUACGCAGUGUUAUGAUGUUGCUAUUACGCUUUUUGAACAAAAGCUUCUUUCUCUCUCAAAACGAUAUCAUAAUCAGCAACAAGCUGUGCAAAUGUUGGCGAAAAAAGAUUCUCAAUGCAAACAACUACAGUAUGACAUUCACACAAAGUAUGAAAAUGCGCUAAACAAAGCUAAAGAGCUGCACAAACGACUCGAAAAAUGCUACAACAUUUUAUUCCAUGAACAGCUUAGCAAGGAAGAAAAAGAAUUUAUGAACGAUAUCAAGCAAAAAUCAAAGGUAGUUGACACCUAUUCGUCAAGAAUUGAGAACUUAAAACAUCAAAUAGAUUCUUACACACCUUAUGAACCAACAGGCAAAACAUACUCUCCAGAGGUAAUCGAGAAAGUGAAAAAAUACCUAAAGAAGACUGAAGAAAUUUUGGAAAGCACCAAGCAGCAUUUGGAAGAAAUCUAA